ACGGCUAGAUUAGAGUCACUUUUUUCCUUACUUUGUAUUCGGUGUGUAAAUAAUUUAAUCCUCAUUAAUUUAAUCUCUUUUGAAGAAAUGAAUUGCCUUUGUUUUGGGGCAUUGUUGGAUGUAAAAGAAACUGGGAUCAGAGAAUCGAAGAUUGUCGGAAUCAAAAGAAACUACGGUAGCACGAGUACAAGAAGAGAACAUGGGUGGAAGUAAUGGCGCUCAAGGCCAAACUCGAUAUAAACGUUGGAGACUUGCGUACACAGAUUAAUAUUGAUAUUGGAGGUCAUUUGCCUUCCACGAUGAUCUUCUUUUUGUUUGCUUUUUCUGCUGGUAAUAGUUCUAGUGACGAGCCAUUGCGAAAAACCGGCCGAUUAUUGCUGAAGACCUACCUGCAUCCUUACCUUGCCUUCAUCAUUUCCCCCCAUUGCUAUACUGUUAAUCGUUAAUACCUCCUGAGAAUUGAUGCUUUUGAGCAAACAACGUCUAUGUCUUGUAUAGCUGAAGGUUUACAAUUAUGGAAUCAUCUGUUCAACGCCUGUUCAGUUGAAUUGAUGUCCUUAAACCGAAAAGAAAUGGCAACACGUGCUGCCACAAGCAAACCACGUUUCGUCACAACCGUUAUUAUUGCUUGGUUAAUGGCGAAAAGCACUUUGUCUGCUUCAACAAUCAAGGCCAUUGUCUACCGAAAUAUGAUGGAUCGACUAGCUUGUCCGCCGGAUUAUGACCACUCUGAGCCGGCCAAUCGUGUGAACACGUCCUUACGUGUGGAAAUGUUAAGAAAGGCUAUGGCUUUAUCAAAUGUAGAUGCUUACAUCAUCACUGGCGAAGAUCAACAUCAGCAAACAGAAAUGAUUUCACCAGAAAACGACAGACGGCAGUUGGUCUCCGGUUUUACUGGUAGUUCUGGGACAGCUGUCGUAACAGACAAACAAGCUGUUUUAUGGACAGAUGGACGUUAUUAUCUUCAGGCUGAUCAGCAACUGGAUUGCCAGUGGAUACUGAUGAAAUCAGGACGGGAUCAGGUGCCGGAGAUUAGCCAUUGGCUAAAGUCCGUCCUGUCACCGGGUGAUAGAGUGGGCGCCGAUCCAAAAUUGGUCAACGCCAAUCAUUGGCUGCAAUGGCGAAACGAACUGGCCGGAAGCGACAUUUGGCUGGAUGCUUUGCCAACCAAUCUUGUGGACGUAGUUUGGAAAUGUGCCAAAAUCGUGAGUCCAAACAACUCGACAUGCAGCAGCAGGAGCAGCAGCAAUAAACCAAGCACGACGGCUUACGUUCACGACAUUGCCUACUCCGGUCAAUCGUGGCAAGACAAAGUGGAUGCAGUGCGAAAUGAGCUGAUGGCACAAAAGCUGGAUGCUGUUGUAUUGACGGCCCUGGAUGAGAUCGCUUGGCUGUUGAACCUGAGGGGUGGCGACGUGCCCUACAGCCCUCUGGUAGAAGGUUACGUAUAUUUAUCGCUGGAUCGCAUUGUGCUCUUUAUCCAACCGACGAAAAUGACGGAGCUGAUCCGGGAACACUUGAACAGCGACGACUGUCAAGAGGAAACUAUUUGUGUCGAAGUGAGACAUUACGAAAACGUCUUCAACGACUUGCCCGUUUUAACGGAGAAUGUCGACUCUGUCCUGCUGCCCUCUAACUACGCCUACAGUGGAGGAGUCAGUUUUGCCAUUUACGAGACGAUUCCUGCAGUCAAGAGACGGACAUCGCCUUCACCAUUGAUUUUAUUGAAAGCGACGAAAAAUGCCAUCGAAGUGGAAGGAAUGAAAAACGCCCAUAUGAAAGAUGCAGUGGCCCUAUGCGAUUUUCUCUCUCUUCUCCAAGAACAGAUUCAUGAAGGCAAAGUGCAAUGGGAUGAGCUGAAAGUCGUUCACACGUUGGACGAGUAUCGCCAACAGCAGGACCUGAACCGAGGACCAUCUUUCAGCACGAUCGCUGCAUUCGGACCGAAUGGCGCAGUUAUCCAUUACAGGCCGUCGUUGGAAACCAAUCGAAUUAUCGACAAUUCCUCGUUUUUGAUAAUCGACUCUGGUGGCCAAUAUCUUGACGGGACGACGGAUGUGACCCGUACAUUCCAUUUUGGUCGUGCAACUCAGCGUCAGAAAGAGAUUUACACUCGGGUUUUAAUGGGAGCUAUCGACCUGGCUGCACUGGUUUUCUCCGACUCGAUGGCCGACAGCCACAUCGAUAUCAUCGCCCGUCAACACCUCUACCAGGUCGGACUGGACUACCAUCACGGAACCGGCCAUGGCAUUGGCUCGUUUCUCAACGUUCACGAAAGUCCCAUUCAAGUGAAUAUCAACAGCAAAGAACCUCACCGUUUCCGCGCCAACUAUUUCUUUUCUGACGAACCAGGUUAUUACUUGCCCAAUGAGUACGGCAUCCGAUUGGAAACGAUCCUUCGUGUCGUCGACGUAAACAUGACGCAGCAGCAUCCACAGGAGGAGUCUCACUAUGGCGGGAAUAGAUUCUUUGGCUUCGAGCCCGUGACGAUGGUUCCGUUCGAGAGCGACUUGAUUCUAGCCGACAUGAUGACCUCCAAACAAAUGAAGUGGUUGAACGAUUACCACCAACUGGUCCGGCUGAACGUCGGCGCUGAGUUACAACGACGGCGAAACACAACGUCGACUACUUCCAGCAAUACAGGCGGAUGCUGGCCCUGGCUCGUCUCCAAAACUCGUCCGGUAACCCCUUCACCAUAACCGACUCCUAGAAACAACCCGCCCAGCCCAUCUUUUAACAGGCAACAAUUAAUUUCUAAGGCCAUCACAGUUUAUCAUUUUUUUUAUAUAUACUCUAACUGAAUUUCGUAAUUUAAUUCCUGUUAUUCGACGCUCUUUUAUACGUCAGAAUUGUUUAUGUCUAGCAUAGUACAGCAGCUGAUUAAGCAUUUCCAUGCCUGGCCGAGAUAAUGGGGGAAGAAGGGAAUAUAAGGGCCUUUUACACGA